AUGGCCUCUCAUAUGCUGCAGCAUCUCAUGUUGUAUCUAUCCAUUUUAAUUGGAUUUUGCUUGGCACAUCAAGAAGAAUUUGUUAAAUGCAUGUCCAAACAAUCUUCAUCGUUGCAUACUAAUACCUCCAAAUAUGUAUAUUCGCUUCAUUCUCAAUCGUAUUUCAAUCUCUUGCAACCUUUGAAACACAACGCAAGAUGGAAAAAUUCAGUUCAUCAAAGGCCCAAAUUCAUUGUUACUCCAACCAACCACCACCAAAUCAAAGCCGCCAUAAUAUGCGCACGGGCCCACGCCUUGCAAAUAAGGGUACUGAGCGGGGGCCAUGACUUCGAGGGCCUAUCCUACAGGUCAAGGCACCGGUUCGUGCUCAUUGACCUAGUCAACCUCCGUUCCAUCACCAUUAACAUGGAUGACGAGACGGCUUGGAUCCAGGUCGGGGCCACACUUGGCGAAUUGUACUACAACAUCGCCAAGAAGAGCGACACACAUGCCUUCCCUGCUGGGGUGUGCCCUAGCUUGGGCGCAGGGGGCCACAUCAGCGGUGGUGGCAUGGGCACGUUAGUUCGUAAAUACGGCCUAGCAGCCGACAACAUCCUUGACGCAAAAAUCAUGAAUGCGAAAGGCGAGAUCCUCGACAGGGAAUUAAUGGGUGAGGAUCUAUUCUGGGCAAUCCGAGGAGGGGGUGGGGCCAGCUUCGGCAUCAUACUUGCGUGGCGGGUCCAGCUCAUCCGAGUCCCUUCGUUGACCACGGUUUUCACCAUCCACAAAGACCUAGAUGACACGGGGAUCGAGGUCGUCGACAAGUGGCAGAAAAUAGCAAACAAGCUACCUAAUGAUCUAUUCAUCCGGAUUCUCCUAUCAAACAACGUUGAAAAGAACACCCAAAACAAGCCAAAAUUCGAACGCGUCGCCUUCAAUUCCCUCUUCCUCGGAAACGCAAAAGAUUUAUUAGCAUUGAUGAACACAAAUUUCCCAGAAUUAGGAUUACAAGAGGCGGAUUGCGAGGAGAUGAGCUAG